GACUGGCGGUGGAUAAAAGCCAGGUGGAGAUGUGGCGGCUCCACUCACCUCGUCACGGCGCACAGGAACAGACAGUAUUUGUCUUUUUCCCUAACAUCCCUCCAGCGACAGACAGCGAGCAGAAAACACUCCUAAUCUGACUGCGCAGUGUUUCUGGUCGCUUCCUGGCUUCAUUUGAUCCGGAGGAGAGUUAGAAGCCUUAAAUGUGUGUGAGGGCACCGAGCUGUCAGACCUUUUGGCGAGUAAGAUUGAUCGCAGCACAGACCAGGACUCUUUGUUUGCAAUAUAAGCAACAAAAAUAGUGGGAGAGAGGCCUGCACUUCUCUGCUUCCUCUCUCUCAGCAUAGGUUUUCCUCAAUGAAAAUAUAAAUAGACGAGCGGGACUUUAAUUCAGCGAUCAUUCUGGCUGGAUUAUGGAGCACUGAGGGAAAUAUUUUUACGAGGCAUGUUGUCAUGAAAUGGUUUCACACGAGUUCACUACAACCACCAGAAUAUACUAAGGAAAUACUGCUUAAAUGACGUUUACUAAAACACAUUGAAUUGCCAUUGUGUAUCGACCCUGUUUUUAACAAAUCACACAAAAUCUACAUGUAUUUUGCAGCGUAAAAUGCAAAAUAAUUGACACCAGUUAAGUCACCCUAGUAUCUCAAAGGAGCUUAUACAAUGCAGAUGGUGUUUAGUUGUUGUAUGAGUAUGUGAGUAUUUAAGGUGAUACUCAAGUCAUAUCCAGGUGUUUCUUCACCAUAAUUCACCUCUCAUUUGAUGCAAAAUAACAAGAAUAUUUUCAAGACCAUGUAGUACUACAUGUGCUGCGUCUAAUGUACUGCAUGCAGCUAUCAUGCAACAAAGGUGUUGCAGUAUUCUCAGUACUCGCUUGCAUUGCAUAAUGGAGUUUGGGUCACAGGUAAUGAGAUUUGCGCCAUCUCAGUAUCCACCAUUACCGCCAUUACACGGUAAUACCUUCGGUUUUACUUAAGCAUCGUCUCCAGACAGUGUUACACAAGUGGUAUUUUCGUUUUUAAAACAAUGUAACGCACAAUGUCGCGGUGCUACAGGAGCCUUGUCUGUUUUAUGAUGUGGGUUAUUACACUAAUACAGUAAUGAGGCGUGAAUGUUUGCGCUGUGAAUGUGGAUCAGCGUGUUUAAUGGUGAUGUCAUGCUUUCUCUGUCGCACUGACACGUGGAAAUUUGGAAGAUGUUGACUCUAAGUUUAAGGCGCUGCAACUGCGCGAUAAAUACCUUUAACUGGUUGAUGAUAUUCAAAACUAUGGCUUUGUGUUGGAAUAAAUCCAGAUGUAGACGUAUGUUGAAAUAAUGGAGCUAGUUCCACUCAAUCCAGAGUAUUUAUGGCGGCGCAGGGAAGAGUGUGCAUGCGUGUGCACGCACCGCGAGUCAUCCUGUAAAUGUUAAACUGCAGUUAUGGGAUGUAUAAUGUUGUGAGGGUGUCAUAUCCGUCAGUAUUAACUUAAUGGAUGGGCUUUUUAUUGCCCUGCUUGUGUCGUUAUGAUCCAUAUCUGACGCGUCCUGCGUGUACUAAGGUUGUCCGCUACUUUUUUCUCUGAGAGGGGGUGUCUGAUAAUCUAUAUGAAAAGCCACUGGUGUGAAAGUGUGUGUGGGUGAGUGGCUGCGUGGAGUGGGGGCGUUCACGACUGACAUCCUCAAACAAUACGAGAAAAGAGGAGUGCACGAAUCCGCGCGCCCGAGGCUGGGCUUCUCCCCUGAAAUACAGAGCAUCGCUCAUUUCUAAAAAUCACAUUUUGGUGGCGUGGAGGGCGCGAGGGCCAGAGAAAGAUGUAAAUAAACGCAGCCGUCCCCCCCAGCGGAGCGAGGAAUUCUUCGGCGGAGUUUUGGAUCAAUCAGGCAGACAGUGGUUUCUUUUGAUUAAACCCCAAAUUGUCAUUGGGCAAGGCGUAAUCAUGUGACAUGUGGCAAUUCGGUCCAAUUUCAACCUCCAUGAAUCCAAUAGUUUCACACUAGCUCGCUCCCCACGCGGCUGUAAUCCGUGAUAAAGGGGGAAAAACACCAGCAUCGAGGGAGUUUUUUUUUAUUUUUAAAUUUUUCGGAUUAUUAUUUUCCUUUUCUUGUUUUAAUUCGUAGCGAAAGAAACUUUCCCUCGGCUCGUCAGGAGCGGAGAUGAAUUACGAAUUCGAGCGAGAGAGCGGUUUUAUCAAUAGUCAGCCGUCGCUUGCUGAGUGCCUGACAUCUUUCCCCCCUGUCGCUGAUCCAUUUCAAAGUUCAUCAAUCAAGAGCUCGCCGCUUUCACGUCCGACACACAUUCCUCCUCCCUUCGAGCAGACCAUCCCCAGCCUCAUUCCGGGCAGCCAUCCGCGCCACGGCCGGCCCAGACACGGUCCGGAUGGAUGCAGCCCGCUGCCCACCGCCUCCUUGCCGCCGGAGUACCCGUGGAUGCGGGAGAAGAAGGCGUCCAAGAAGAACCAGCAGCCCGCCGCUACUUCUUCUUCUUCAGUCACCAGCAUCUCCACUAAUGGACCCGUGUGCUUCUCUCCGAAAGGAUCACCAGAGAUGGUGGACGGUGCCGGGGGAGCCGGUUCGGCGGGCUCCAGGCGCCUGAGGACCGCGUACACCAACACGCAGCUGCUGGAGCUGGAGAAGGAGUUCCAUUUCAACAAGUACCUGUGCCGACCCAGGAGGGUGGAGAUCGCGGCCCUGCUGGACCUCACCGAGCGGCAAGUCAAGGUCUGGUUCCAGAACCGGCGCAUGAAGCACAAGCGUCAGACGCAGAGCAAGGAGAACCACAACGGGGACGGGAAAGGCCCGAGCGGGGAGGACGGAAUACGCAGCGAGGACGAGGAGGACGAAGACGGGCCCUUGUACGAGCGAAGCGGGGCCCUGAUGGAGAGAGAUACCUGCUCCUUUCAGAACACGACCCACAAUGGAGGGUCCAUGGCUUUAGCUGCCGCGCCACUGGACAGCAAUGAGAAAAAUCUGAAACAUUUUCCCAACGCGGCUCCCACUGUUCCGGGCUGCGCGGCAACAAUGGGCCUGGGCUCGGCAUCUGGGCCGGACAAUAGCGCCCACAGUCCCCCGGACCUGGAUGUUUCUUUGCACCACUUUCAGGCUUUCUCCUCGGAUUCCUGCCUGCAGCUGUCGGACGCAGCCUCGCCGUCCGAGUCCCUGGACAGUCCCGUGGACAUUUCCACGGACAGCUUCUACUUUUUCUCGGAGACCAUGGCCACAGUGGACCUGCACCACCUCUACUAAACCCACGGAGGACGAUCCCUAGCAUUCUACCCGCGUUUUGUUUAAUCGGCACAUUUAUUUUGUUGCGUAAUUCAAGGUAAGACCAGAGAGUGGCGGAGAACAAAUUCACAACGGAAAUGAAAAGCGUGUGUGUGAGCGUGUGAAUAAUUAAACGAGGCCAAUCGGAGCUGGUCGUUUUUAUUUUUGUAUAGCUUCCUUGGAUAUUUUUCUUUGAAUACAAUUA